AUGUCUGAGGGAGCCUACCAGCGCCUCUGGGAGUCUUCCCACGUGACCCUGCAGGAGCUGCUGGACCAGGAGCAGCCCCUCCUCGACCCUGUGCCCGACCGGGAGCGCCAGUCCCUCCAGCACAGGCUCUCUGCGCUCUAUCUCAAUUACCUGUGGCUGCUGCGCCGCCUGGACACCAUCUAUGACCAGAUACUGCAGCCGCAGAAGCGGCGGCUGCUGCGGCGGCUGCUGGACGGGGUGGCGGGCCGCGUGCUGGAGCUGCAGGAGGAGCUGGUGCGCACUGACUUCUGCGAGUACCGCUGCCUCGACGACCUGCUGCCCGAGCUCAAGCUCACGCCGGAAGACCUGGAGGUGCCAAUUCCCAAAUACUUCCUCCUGGAGCAGGCCAGCGUGCUGAAGGACCGGAGCUUGCUGUUGGCGGAAAUCCUGUCCAAGAUGGAGCCAGGGGCCCCUGAGAAGAGCUUUUCAGGAAUGCACCAGGUUGAGGCUAUAUGCUUGCUGCAAAAGGCCGAGCGGGCCCGGCAGGGUCGACUGCGAGCCAGGUUCAUGAGGGAGAUUCGGAGAGAGGAGGAACUAGACCGGAGGACCCGGGAAGAGGGGAGGCACAAGUUCAGCCAGGAGCAAGCCUCUGUCAUCAUACAGAAGGUGUGGAAAGGCCACCAGCAGAGGAAGCGCACCCAGGUGGACCGGCAGGUGGAGAUGGAGUUCAUCGGCAUGCUUCCCUUGUCCAAUGAGACAGAGUCCUCAGACAUCCUGUCCCAGGCCAGCCACAGGGAUGGCAUCCGGAGGCUCCACCAGAUGGAGAAGGAGGAGGAGUUCCGCUUGGCCAUGAAUCAAACCCACGGUGCUCUCAUGGAGACAGAAGGGCCCAUCAUGAAGGAGAAGAUGCAAGAGCAGAUUCGACAGUGGCUCAUCGAGUGCCAUGCCCUUACUGGCCGGUUUCCUGAUUAUCCCGAUGAGUCUGCAGGUGGAUCCUACUUGAUCUUUGCAGACAAGACUCCAGAACAGGUGAAAAUGGCGCUGGAGCAGCAGGCCCUGGACAACAAGAAGAAGGAACAAGAGAAGAAGAAGAAGGAUGAGGAGACAAAGAAGGGGAAGGAAGCAAAGGCCAAAAGGGGGGACGUGGAUAAUAUGCUUAAAGUAUUGCCGUCCAAAUUCGUACCCAUGAUCGAUGCAGGACACGAGGAGUACUUAAAGCGCUGGAAGAACCGCCCGGAGAACGCACACCCAAGCCCGAGCUUUGACUUGGAGAGCCUCCGGGAGGCAAAGAGGAAGGACGUGGAGGUGGAGAUCCGCAUACAGGUGGACGAGCUGAUGAGGCAGGAGCUGAGGAACCUGCGUCUGGUUGUGGACAAGGAGGAGGGGAGACUCUUGAAGGCACUGAAGAAAAAGCCUGCCAAGAAAGCUGGGAAGAAGAAGAAGGAAAAAGAUCUGACCGUAAGCAGGUCCUUGGACUCUCUGUUUGAAGAGCUCGUCUGCCAUCACCUGCUGAAGAAGUGCGAGACAGUGGCCCUGAAGGACUACGCUGGUGACUGCCUCUACCUUGGAUCCAUCCUGAAUGUGGCCGAGAAGCUGCCCAUGCCCUCUCUGUUUGACAUUCGUCAGAACAUUGCCUUGUACGCGAUCCUCCGGCUCGGUUCCCCAGAUGUACAUGCCAUGGCCCCCCUCAUCCGCUCCAUCCUCCUAGUGGGCCCCCCAGGCAUGGGGAAGAAGAUGUUGGUUAAGGCCGUGUGCACAGAAACAGGGGCCAACCUGUUUGACCUGUCUCCUAACAACCUGCAAGGCAAAUACCCUGGCCGGUCCGGGGCACAGAUGGCGGUGCACAUGGUCUUCAAGGUGGCUCGGCUCCUACAGCCCUCUGUGAUCUGGAUUGGGGGAGCAGAGAAGACUUUUUAUAAGAAGGUCCCGAAAGAGGAGAGGGAGAUGGACCCUAAGCGGAUAAAGAAGGACCUUAUCCAGGCCCUGCGCUUGCUGGGUCCAGGAGACAGAGUGAUGCUGAUCGGAACCACGGCCCGGCCCCAACUGGCCGAGAUGAAGGGGUUGUGUCAAACCUACGAGCGCGUCCUCCUCAUGCCCCGGCCUGACUAUGCCUCCCGAUUCGUGCUCUGGAAGCGUAUGAUAGAGACCCAAGGAGUCCAAGUGACCCAGAGUCUGGACAUCAGUGCCCUGGCCAAGGUCUCUGAUGGCUACACAGCUGGCAACAUCCUCCAAGUCACCCAAUCAGUGCUGACCGAACGGCGGCUUCUGCAGCUGCCCAAGAAGCCCCUGAUGGCCUCUGAGUUCCUGGGGUACCUGGCAAAGCUGGAACCAGUAUACAGAGAGGAGGAGGAAUCCCUGAAGUCACAGAUGACAGGGCAAAAUGACCAUUGUGCCCCGCUUCGAAGGAAGUGA